UCCUGCUCGUGCUUUCACAGUCGGGAGACCCGCUUUUGGCUCAAUCUGGCGCCUGGUUAGUGAAAAUACUGUCAGUCAUAAGCUUAGGCUUGGGUGCCAACGAAUCGCGUUUCUUCCAUUUGUCUGUUCAAAUUCCGGCCGUUCAAUAAUCUAGCUCUCGAGAUUAUUAUGUCCCUGUUGCGCCUAAGAACCAAGGCAACUAAUCUUACCCGUUGCUUGCGUGUGAGGCAACUACAUACUACGCAAUGGAGACGAGAGAGGGAGAAAUUUGACCCUACACAGGUUGAACGGGCGGAGGACGAAGUGGAUGUGUGCAUCGUUGGCGCAGGUCCAGCUGGGCUGAGCGCGGCGAUUCGUCUAAAACAACUUGAACAAGAAAAGGGAAGAGAGCUACGCGUUGUCGUACUUGAGAAGGGCAGUGAGGUCGGUGCACAUAUUCUUUCCGGUGCUGUCAUUGAACCGCGAGCUUUGAACGAGUUACUACCGGACUGGCAAGGACGGGAUGGCCAUCCACUAAUGCAACCUGCUUCGUCGUCUUCUAUGCGCUUCCUUACUAGUUCAAUGGCGAUCCCAAUCCCACAUCCGCCACAAAUGAAUAACAAGGGAAAUUAUAUUGUAUCGUUAUCAAGAUUCACUGCAUGGUUAGGCUCAAUAGCGGAAGAACUUGGUGUUGAAGUCUAUCCGGGCUUUGGCGGUGCUCAAGUAAUCUAUUCCGAAGACAAGAAAGCCCUACAGGGUGUAAUCACCAAUGACGUAGGAUUAGAUCGCGAGUUCCGCAUGAAAGAUUCCUUCGAGCCGGGGAUGGCGUUCAAAGCGAAAGUGACACUUCUUGCCGAAGGUGCACAUGGAUCAUUGUCUAAGCAAGUCAUCAAACACUUUGAUUUGCGCAAAGAUGCGGACCCGCAAACAUACGGGAUGGGAGUGAAGGAAGUCUGGCGCGUUGAUCCUUCGAAACACAGGCCAGGAGAAGUCGUGCACACUAUGGGGUGGCCGCUUGACUGGCGAACAUACGGUGGUGGUUGGAUAUAUCAUAUGGACGGUGGUCUUGUUUCGCUUGGACUCGUCAUUGGGCUUGACUACGCAAAUCCAUAUCUCAGCCCGUUCCGUGAGUUACAACGAAUGAAACAUCAUCCACUCUUCGCAGACCUCCUCACUGGCGGAGAGCGAAUCGCAUAUGGUGGGCGAGUACUUAACGAGGGUGGGAUCCAAUCUGUUCCACGCCUUGCAUUCCCUGGUGGUGCACUUAUUGGAUGUUCAGCUGGUUUCGUCAAUGUCGCGAAGAUUAAGGGCACGCAUAACGCGAUGAAGAGCGGGAUGAUCGCCGCUGAAUCGGCGUUCCGUACAAUAGAGAACAGCGAUAGGGAAGAGACAAAGGAAACUGCCAUUGAUAUGAAUUCUUACGAUACUGCGUUGCGUAAUAGCUGGGUAUGGCAGGAUUUGAUGGAAGUGCGGAACCUUCGUCCGAGUUUCAACACUUCUCUCGGGAUCUGGGGAGGUAUCGUGUACUCUGGAUUUGACUCUCUUAUCUUGAAGGGACGUACGCCUUGGACGUUCCGAAACAAAUCCAAAAUGACCGACGCGCAACACACAAAACACGCAAGCGAAUGCAAACCGAUCGACUACCCACCUCCGAAACCACCACUCUCAACUGACAUCCUCACAGCCGUCGCACUUACAGGUACCAAUCACACCGAAGACCAGCCUGUACAUCUUCGCUUGCCACCCGGUAACAAAGCACGGACAGAACAUGUCAAGACGAACGUGAGUGAAUAUGCGGGGUUACUCGGAAGGGCGUGUCCUGCCGCUGUAUAUGAAUAUGUCGACGAAGAGGGGCCGGAAGGGAAGGAGGAAAGGGGUGGAUUUGCAGGAAAGAGGUUUGUCAUUAACUCGCAAAACUGUAUACACUGCAAGCUUUGUGACGUCAAGGUGCCAACGCAAGAUAUUACCUGGACUGUCCCGGAGGGGGGAGGAGGACCGAAAUACACUGUGACAUAAGUGAUUGCUUAUGCGCAUUCAUCCUCGACUGCUCGCCCAGCGAGCAUACCGCUCCAGCCUUGUGUGAUGAUGCGAUGCUUCUGCAACACAUACCUGCAGAAAAGUAUAUAAAAGACAAUCUUAGCAGAGGAAUGAUCAAGCACGCUAUAAUAUUGUCAUGCUAUUUUAAUGGAUUAUGAACGACCAGCAUGUUACCAUUUCCCUGUGUGUAUCUGUGAAUG